AUUUUCUCUCCUGAGUCUCUCUCACACACACACACAAACACACACACACACACACACACACAUCGACCAUGAAGCUGGUUUUCCUGAUCAGCGUUUCCGUUCUCGUCUGUUUGGCUGCCCUCACGACAGCAGACGACAGCACCACACCCAGAGAGGCCAACUGCCAGAACUAUGUAACCGAUGCGUGUACACGUGAAAUGAUACCAGUGUGUGGUGACGACGGAGUAACGUACUCAAACGAGUGUAUGCUGUGCGUGGAAAGCAGGAAGCAAAACAAGCAUGUCAAGGUGGUGAAGAAUGGAGCCUGCAACCCGUAACUUCUGAAUGGAUUGCUUAUGAUAUUGCUAACUUUUUUUAAUACCGUAUGAGAUCCAUCAGGAAAUGUCUCGAGCUAGACAAAACCAAUUCAAGUAAUGAUUCUUUUCAUGAAUAUAAGCCACAGUUGUUGUUGUUUUUUGACAUGAGAUAAUUUUAAAGCUGUAAUGUUCACCAAGUUGCACGAUGCACUAAUGGAUGCACUUUUACAAGGAUCAUGGCUAGGCUAUUAAAUAUUUACAUAUAAUUUUAUAGUGGAAAUAAUUGGCUGUUUCUAAUGUAUAUAGUCAAACAUCAGUUCAUUUUUAAUGCUGCAAAACCAAAGCAUAGAAUCCAAAAUGAACCGUCCUCCAGUCCAAAAUGCUAAGUCGAUAUUUUUAAUUUGAAUUUUUAAACCCCUUUUAAACUUCAUAUUGUGUUUGUAUAAUAUUGUUGAUGUUUUUUUUUUUAAUUUCAGAAGUUUUUAAGUAGCGAAAAUAUGCUGUCUGAAAUGUUCACCUCAAUAUCCAAACAAACACAAAACUCUCGUCACAAAAGCACUGCUUGGUCACACCAGGAAAUAGAUUUUUGAGGUUUUUCAGUCUUGUUCUAUUGGCAGAUCAUUUGCUCAUUUUAAGUAUUUAUUUGUAGAAAGAAUCAAAAUGACAAUCGACUCAUAAAAUGUAAAGCUUGAAAUGAGUUUCGAUUUAAUAAUCUUACUGGGUUUAUUGUAAUCUUUUAUAUAUUAACUAUUUUCAAGAUCUUUUCACUUUCUAAGAUGUCAGUUGUUUGCAUUUAUUAGACUACAUACUGUAUUUGCAACAUCUGAAACACUGAAUGAAUUAAUAUGUUGAAUAAACAUAAAAAACAUUGAAUAAAA